AUGUCGUCAUUGAUAAUUCCUGGGAAAAGCCCAACAAGAAAAAAGUCUGGACCAUUCAGCUCCCGUCGAAGCAGCGCCAUCGGCAUCGAGAACAUCCAAGAGGUUCAAGAGAGGAGUCGAGAGGUGUCACCCAACGCCCAAAAAACACCGGACAGCAGCCACUUGUCACAAGAAAACAAGUCAGACAACUCCUCGAGCCACAGUUCACCCGAGUUCACUGCCACAAAGAACAG